GGAUGCCUCCCGGCGGCGGCGGGCCCAUGAAAGACUGCGAGUACAGUCAGAUCAGCACCCACAGCUCCUCCCCCAUGGAGUCGCCCCACAAGAAGAAGAAAAUCGCGGCCCGGAGGAAAUGGGAGGUUUUCCCGGGAAGAAACAAGUUCUUCUGCAACGGCAGGAUCAUGAUGGCCCGGCAGACGGGCGUCUUCUACCUGACGCUCGUCCUCAUCCUGGUCACUAGCGGACUCUUCUUCGCCUUCGACUGCCCGUAUCUAGCAGUGAAAAUCACCCCCGCCAUCCCCGUGGUUGGUGGCAUCCUCUUCUUCUUUGUGAUGGGGACCCUGCUUCGCACCAGCUUCAGUGACCCAGGAGUCCUUCCGCGAGCCACGCCCGAUGAAGCCGCUGACCUAGAGCGACAAAUAGAUAUCGCAAACGGCACCAGUUCAGGGGGGUACCGCCCGCCUCCCAGAACCAAAGAAGUCAUCAUCAAUGGACAGACUGUGAAACUUAAGUAUUGUUUCACCUGCAAGAUUUUCCGGCCCCCUCGUGCCUCUCAUUGUAGCCUUUGCGAUAACUGCGUAGAACGGUUUGAUCACCACUGUCCCUGGGUAGGCAACUGUGUGGGGAAAAGAAACUACAGAUUUUUUUAUAUGUUUAUUUUAUCUCUGUCUUUUCUGACAGUCUUUAUAUUUGCAUUCGUUAUCACCCACGUCAUUCUUCGUUCACAGCAGACAGGAUUCCUAAACGCGCUUAAGGACAGUCCUGCCACUGUGCUGGAGGCCGUGGUGUGCUUCUUCUCGGUCUGGUCUAUUGUCGGCCUCUCGGGUUUCCACACGUACCUGAUCAGCUCCAACCAGACGACGAAUGAAGAUAUUAAAGGAUCUUGGUCAAAUAAAAGAGGCAAAGAAAAUUACAAUCCCUACAGCUACGGGAACAUCUUCACCAAUUGCUGUGUUGCCCUGUGCGGGCCCAUCUCUCCAAGCCUCAUCGACAGAAGAGGCUACAUCCAGUCCGACACGCCGCAGCCAGCCGCACCGUCCAACGGGAUGGCCGCGUACGGGGCCACGCAGUCACAGAGCGACAUGUGCGACCAGGACCAGUGCAUUCAGAGCACCAAAUUCGUUUUGCAGGCCGCGGCCACGCCCCUGCUGCAGAGCGAGCCCAGCCUCACCAGCGACGAGCUGCACCUGCCCGGGAAGCCGGGCCUGGGCACACCCUGCGCCAGCCUGACGCUCGGGCAGCCCACGCCGCCCUCCUCCAUGCCCAACCUCACCGCCGAGGCGGCGCUCACAGACAUCCUGCCCCUGAAAGACGAGCACGUGGGCCACCAGUUCCUGACCCCGGAGGAAGCGCCCUCGCCGCCGCGGAUGCUGGCGGGCAGCCCCCUGGCCCACAGCCGCACCAUGCACGUGCUGGGGCUGGCCAGCCAGGACUCCCUGCACGAGGACUCGGUGCGCGGGCUGGUGAAGCUCAGCUCCGUGUGACCGCAGCCCGGGGACAAGGGCCGCAGACCACGGGAGCUUGGCCGUGACCCGGUUCCAAGGCGGCGAGGACAACUCCGGGUCCUGGGGCGCCCAGACCCCUCAGAGCGCAAACGGAUGGCCCUUCCAGAAGAGGGCAGGGCCUGAAUGCCUACAGCUUGGGUUGAUGGAACUUUCUUCCCCACCCUGACUGCUUUGAUCACCGUGAAAAUGGAGAAUUGGCUGUUUCCAGGCGGCUGGCAUUUGAGGGGUGGGCCUGGGGAGAGAGGAGCAGCCUCCGGGGCUGCGGGCUGAGCCCAGGAGGAACGGACCCGGCCCGGAUGGCUGCUCUGCGGUCCACCCGCUGCUCUGGGGACAGACACACGGGAAGGUUGAGGACGCUGGUGGCCAGACUGAAUUUGCACUUACAUGUUAUGCUACUAAUAUUUGAACUAGACAUACCAUUCCAUUUGUUAAUUUAAAAACAAAAACAAAAACCUAAAGGGGAUUAAAAAAAAAAAAGACCAGGUCUGGAUUUGCAUGCCACGCUACAUCUGUUUCCAAGUGGUGUUGGUAUUCAAACGGAAAUGCUGCUUGCUUGCUUUCUUUCUUUCUUCUAAUUUGGUGAAUUUUCAAGUGCUGUUUUAGGGGAAGCCAGUGCAGCACAGCGAGGCUCAUGGACAUUGCCGACACGCGCCAGCUUCUCGAGCUUCGCUAGACAGGGGCAGGUGGCGCCCGGGCUGCGGGGCUGCCGGCUUGUGCCCUGUCAAGUAUCAGUUCACCUUCUGUUGGGUAGUUAGACGAGCUUUGUGUCGUACCACGCCUGCCACAGUCUCCACCUCCUUGUGUGACCAAACGUCCUGUGGGCAGCCAAUAAAAUGACGUCCUCUGUUA